AUGGAGAACCCGGAGCAGCUGCAUGAACUUGAACUCAAGUCGCCGCAUCUCCUCGAGCAUGAUGCAGAGUUAUGGAUUGAGUUUAUCAAACGCGAUGUUCCCGGAUUCGAUGAACUCAUCCUUCCCGAGAACCCUGAUAGCUGGUACGACGUUUACCAUGAGCUCCUAGAGAAAACCGCCAGGGAAGUAGAUAAAGAUGCAGAACGCAUGAAGCUUGCGCUACUUGGCCUCGAUUCCAAAAAGGCUAAACAUGCUUCUAAAGUGGUGGAUACGCGGAAAAUGCGGCUUCCCAAGGAGAAACCAACCGCAAUUCAACGGCACGCUUUUCUUGACAGGAAAAUGGGUGGUAUUUCUCCUGUCUUUGCCCAAGGAGCGGUGAAGCCAUCUGGAGGUCGUGGGAUCACCCCUUAUGAUCAAUCCCCGCGGUGGAAAUUUGAGAGCCCCAAGGCGCCACGGCCAGCUCCAAAGAAGUCAGCACUGCCCUUCGCAAAAAGGAACCAGCGCCUAUGCAUCCCCACACAUCGUCUAAAUAGCAGCGCUUCCCAGGUUGUGAACGCUCCCCGGUCGCUAAUUGAGGAUUACAAGCGACCUAUUGAGCAAAAUAUCCCUCGACCAAAGACGAGAGACCCACGCUCUCCUUCUACAAUUACAACAGCAACACAACCACCAACACCAACGAAAACACCAAUAAUUAACAACCUCAGCCUGAGGCCCGGUUCCCUCGAUCAUGGAUCAAAGCAGUCAAAAAUCCUCUGUCCGUCCCCAUCCUCGCCUACCACCCCAUCUCGCACCUCAGGAGUACGCAGGCAGAGUUCGCUAGUUUCCAAAAAUGGGAAACGUGAGGAGGCGUCUGUUUCUGCCACAUCGCCAAUAGCCGUUAGGAUGGCAGAUGGCAGUGAACCCGGCGAUGAUAGCCAUACCUCAACGGCCAAGACGUCCCAGACCAACACCGAGUCCAGGUUAUCUCGCCCCACUGUGAAAAAACGAACGGUUUCGGAAUAUGUGCUUGUCAAGCCUAAAAAGAGACGACUGUUAUAG